UCCCGGCACAACAAGAUCAAAAACUUCAUCCAGCACAGAACGCAAUCAAAGAACGGUCAUUCCGUUUUGGAUUCACACCGCAACGCCACGCAACACACCGCGCUACAUCCCGCUUCAGACCAUGGGAAUCACCUACGAAGAAGCCCUGGCCACCCUCGAGGCCAUGUUCGGCGACCCGUGGACCCGGGAAUCCCUGGACGCCGUCCUCCGGCACGAAAAGGGGCACAUGGAAAACACCUGCGAGCGGAUCCUCGAGCACGGGGAAAAGGACCCGGUCCUCCUGGUCGAGCGCCUCCGGAACGGCGGUCCCGAGCCGCAGGUGGCGAUGGACGAGGAAUACGCACGCCGGCUGGCGGGACAGGAGGAGGGGUCUGUUUCUUCCGGAAGGGGAAGCAGCCGAAGCGGCGGGGGCCACCGGGACGGAGGCGGCAACGGACGCGGGACCCCCACAAUACUCCCUUCCGACUUUUUGCGCCUCCCCGGGUUCCGCCCGCCCCCGUCGUCCACGGCGUCCUCGUCGGCGUCCUCGUCGUCCGGGGCAAACCGGGCGGCGGGGGCAGGCGCCGGAAGGCGGCAGCCGCCCCACGACGACGAGACCCUGGCGCGGAUGCUCCAGGACGAGCUCUUCUCGGAGGAGCUGGCCCGGAACCCCGAUUUCGCCCACCUGGCGGGGAGGAACCCCAGGAGGUCCUCGGCGCGGCCCUCCGCCUCGAACGCCCGGCUCCCGGCGGCCCCGGCGGGGGCACCCCUGCAGAACCCCUUCGAGGGGGUCAACGUCAUGCAGAAACUCUCGAGUGAGUACCUAGCGAGCGAAAGGCAGAGCUUGGCACGGCACAGCAGAGCACAGCACAAUACAAUGCAAUGCACGGCAUCAUACAACACAAUACAACACAAUGCAGCACAGCACAGAGUAAUUGUGGGGUGGAUACUGUAGUGCUAGCUUCCAAUGUGAUACCGUAUCGCUCACGCUUCUUUUUUCACGUUGUGCCUUUUGAAUCCGCUCCGAUCGUUCCGUGUUUUUGUUGGUGGAUUCCGAAUCGUUGUGCCACGCGACUUUCUCCGUCUGUUCCCAAUCGGUGCAAUCCCACUCGUGGUGAUCCAUGACCCCGUCCGAAACCCCGCUCGAUCGGCGUUUGUUUUCCAGCCAUGGGCGACGGAGCACGGCGGAAGCUCCAGCUCUUCGCCACCAACUUUGAGGACAGAAUGAAAGGGAUCAACCACAACAACGGCGCGCACACCGGUGGCUUGCAAGAAGCGAGAGGGGCCGCCGCGGAGCGAAGGGGCCUCCUGGACAACGACGACGACGACUACGGCGAGGACAUGAUCGAAUUCGAGACGCGAAAGAGCAGGUAAUGCGGUGUGUCUGUCUUUGCAGUGGUACGGCAAUGAGCAGUAGCAGUAGCAGAAAUUAGCAGCGCAAUCAAUGGCGGUGCUGCGGCGAAUCGAAACGAAUCGAAUCGAGACGAGACAAAACGAAAGGAAAGGAAAGGAAACGACACGGCAAGGCCGAUAAAACUUUGCAAGUCGCCGACUCCGAAUCGCUCGUUCGAAUACCGAUUUGACGGAACCGUACCGUACCUUACCGAGGGUGCAACAACGGAGUUUUUAGAAACUGAGCGAAAUUAGUAGUUUUUCGUUUUUGAAACAACAAAGCAGGCGGCAAUCACUGCACCGGCAUUUUCUCCUUGAUUGCUGCACCUGUAUGCGGCGAUUAUGUUCUUUUGGCUCGUUGAAUCAAGAUACGAUUUAGUU